AUAUAACUGUUUAUUUUAAACGAGAGUGAACAGUUAUUAUUACAUCAAUAAAUUACCUCAUAGCAUAAAUUUGUGUUUUAUUGGACGAGGUGAACAUAACCUUAAUUUUGACAUUAUUUUUCAACAAAAUUUGGAAUAAGAGACGUUUUGGACGUUGGUCUGUGUUUCUAUUCAAUUAAGUGAAUUGUAAUAUCUAGAAUAAAUAAAUAAACCUGUAUCAGCUAGGUACCGUAUAUAGAAGGCAUUGACAAGAGAGCGUUGAUCGACAACGUUGCUCUCCUAUCUUUUUCCACUGCCAUUAUAACGUGGACCUCACUAUAGUGUGAGAUUCAUUUCUUAGUGUCAACAUUCCUUUUAAAUAAUUCGACCAAUGUUGAUAGUAUAAAGCUAGUCUCAAUGAGACUAGACAACAAACUUGACUCCGCAAUUUUUGUUCUGAGAUAUCUAAAAGCUACCUUGGAUUCGACAGCUCUUAAGGUGCGUGCAGAUAUACGCGCCGCGAACAUGAGCAAUUGAUGGAAAUCAAAGAGAGAUUGAAAGCUGGAAAUAGGGCAUACUUCAGCCUACAGAAAAUCCUUAGAUCAAGGCUGUUAAGCUGGAGCAGUAAAAUUGAAAUUUAUAGGACAGUUAUGCGACCAGUGGUGAUGUAUGCGUGUGAAACAUGGGUGUUGACAAGUUGUGAUAAGAUGCUGUUGAAUCGAUGGGAGAGAAAAAUCCUAAGAAGAAUUUAUGGGCCAGUGCUAGAGGCUGAUAGGUGGCGACUCAGAAAAAAUGAUGAGCUCUAUAAUCUGUAUGGGCAACCGAGUAUUGUUACUGAAAUUAGAAGAGCACGUAUACGUUGGUUGGGCCAUGUGGAACGUAUGCCGGAAACCCGUACAGCGCGUAUGUCUCUGUAUCAGCAACCAGGGGGACAAAGAAAGCGAGGCCGACCACGCAAGAGAUGGUUGGACGACGUGGAGGCAGACCUUCAAUCCUUGGGCGUGAGAAGGUGGAGGCAGCGAGCACAGGACAGAGAUGCAUGGAAAAGGCUUGUGGAGGAGGCCAAGGCUCUUCAAGGGCUGUAGAGUCAAUGAGUAGUAGUAGUAGUAAAUCACUUUUAAUCAGCUGACUAUAUCUGUAUUUUUACAGAAACGGUAAGAUACAGAUAUAAAAAGCUUGGCAUCAGCUGAUUAAAAGUGAAUUGCUCAUGUUCGCGGCGCGUAAAUCUGUACGCACUUUUAGAAGUGUUUAUUUCUCUCUGUUCCACUCACUCCUAAUCUACGGAAUUGUUGUUUGGGGAAAUUCUAGUGUUGUGUAGGAGCUGUUCAGAUUACGGAAGUGGGCCUUGAGGGUGAUGAUUGGGGAAUCAAUACGAACAAGUUGUCGGCCCUACUUCAGAGAUCUUGAAAUUCUUCCACUCCCAAGCAGAUAUAUUUUUGAAACAAUCUACUCCAUAAAAACAUAUACAAGAAUUUAAU